ACAAGUUUUCAUGUUUAUCCAAAACUCUGUAUUACCUUUUUUGAUGUUUUAUAUAUAUAAGAUGACUCGUUCAUCAUACUCCUCUUAUCAGCUCUGCUUCUUCUAAAGAUUCAGAAAAAAAAAAUCUAACUUUCAAUAACAAAACAAAACAAAACAAAAGUACAAUUAAACCAUGAAGGGUGUAGGUGCAACAAUUCAAAAUUUUAGGCCAUAUUUAUUAAUGAUAUUUUUGCAAUUUGGAGCAGCAGGAACGUAUAUUGUCAUUAUGGCCACUCUCAACCAAGGCCAGAACCGUUACGUUCUAAUUGUGUAUCGUAAUGCUGUGGCUGCUCUUGUUCUUGCACCUUUUGCACUCUUCUUUGAAAGGAAAGUGAGGCCAAAGAUGACACUAUCGGUUUUCUGGAAAAUAGUGUUACUCGGUUUCUUAGAGCCAAUCUUGGACCAAGGUUUUGGUUACUUGGGGAUGAACAUGACAUCAGCAACAUAUACAUCUGCUAUCAUGAACGUUCUUCCUUCAGUCACAUUCAUAAUCGCUUGGAUUCUUAGAAUGGAGAAAGUGAAGAUAGUAGAGGCACGAAGCCAAGCAAAGAUCAUUGGGACAUUGGUGGCUCUUGGAGGGGCAUUGGUAAUGACAUUGUACAAAGGUCCGCUUAUUCCUUUACCAUGGUCUAACCCAAAUAUGGAUCAACACAAUGAACAUAGCAACAGUUCACAAGACAACAACCAUUGGGUUGCUGGAACCUUGUUGAUACUCCUCGCUUGUGUUGCUUGGUCUUGUUUCUAUGUUUUGCAGUCCAUAACGAUUAAGACGUAUCCAGCUGAUCUUUCACUAGCAGCCUUAAUAUGCCUAUCUGGCGCUAUCCAAAGCACAGCAGUAGCACUCGUGGUAGAGCGCCAUUCCAGUGGAUGGGCAGUUGGAUGGGAUGCAAGGCUUUUCGCACCUCUUUAUACGGGAAUAGUAAGCUCCGGUUUAACCUACUACGUGCAAGGGAUGGUUAUGAGGACGAGAGGGCCGGUUUUCGUCACUGCCUUUAAUCCUCUCUGCAUGAUUCUUGUAGCUCUUCUUGCUUCUUUCAUUCUUCAUGAACAAAUACAUUACGGGUGUGUAAUUGGAGGGACAGUGAUCGCCAUGGGUUUGUAUUUGGUUGUUUGGGGAAAAGGAAAAGACUAUGAAGUAUCUGGAGUAGCUGAGAAGAAUAGCCUUCAAGAACUGCCAAUCAGAACUAAAUUUGAAGAGGACUACAAAUUGGAUUCCUCUCUUGCUGAUGGCAGCAAUAUAACCAUUCCCUCUGGGGCGCACCGUCAGACAUCUGGAAAAUAAGUAUAAAAAGACAUUUUCGGGGACGAAAUUUCUGUCUUGUAGUAUGCAUAUAAAAUACAUAUUUUGAUUCGAUCAAAAUAAGAACAUAUAUGUAUUUAAUUGUGUGCAUUUUAUAUGGCAUAAAUUUACGUUAUUAUUAUG